AUGGCCGACAACUCGCAGCUCGGCCACGUGUCCAAAACGCAGCGCACGCGUUUCAUCGGCUUGUCCGGCGAGAGCUGCGACUUCGUGGAGUCCUUUGCACCCAGGAUGUCCAUCAAAGACCUGCGAGCCCGGGCGGCCGCAUCCAGGGGUGUGAAGGCGGCGCGCCUUCGCUUCUUUCGCACGAGCAGCUGUGCUGCUUUGGGAGAUGAGGAUGAAGUGACCUACGAGGUCAGGCAGGUUGAUGGCAGAGUGGAGUUCUGCUCCACCGGAGAGCCACUGCAAAUGGUGCUCAUGCCAACUGUGCAGACCACUUUCUCCGGGCCCGUGAAAUGCCAGUUGGAGCACCGGGGGGAGUAUGAAAGCUAUCAGGCUUGUAGGUGGGAGGGUGAUUGGGUGACGGUCACCAUGGAGCAGCGAGACCUUGGCCCUUCCAUGAAUGACGAGCUUCACAUCUUCAUCGGUGAUGUUGACUUGGUGCGCUAUGGGGGCUUGAAGGACCCUCAUCACAGGCAGCUUGAGAAUUGGGGAAACAAGGACGCUGGCGCCCUCGAACUGACAGUUUGCCAAGAGAGGUCGGGACCCCAGACAGAUCUCCCCGGUCGCUACCAGAUCGCCGAGCGGUUGAACCACAGUCAGCACAGUAUUGUCUUCGCUUCAAGCGACUGCAGCGAAGGGAGGGGCACCCUUCGCCUGGGUGACUCCGUGGACGUGCUGGAAGUGCGGGGGCCAGGGGUUGCGCGGGGGCGCUACAAGGAGUUUGUAGUUGGCCGUAUCCACUUCAAGGGAGCCGAUGGCUGGAUUCCUCUGGUUGAAGGCAUGAAAUUCUAUGCCAAGAGGUGUGAGGAGGAGGCACUCUACAAGUUGGUCCUCUCACGGCACUACUCAGUGGAGCGGGGGGACGCCAUGUACCGGAUCUUUGACACCUCGGAGCUGUGGUUCGCGGAUGUAAAGGAGCGAGAUGAGUUUGUCGCUGCAUUCCGCUCAUGGGAAUGUGCCAAUCCGCAGCCACCUUUGUGGACACGUGGUGGCCAGCGAUGA